CACGGGAAGACGGUAGAGUGUACGGUUGGUGAGACUAGGGCUGAUCAGUAUUGUGUAGCUGUGUCACUUUGUCACUUCUGUUUAUUCAUCGAUUUGACACAUUUGUUAAAAUGGUCGGGGUGAAAGUAAUCGGCAGUGAUUCGGAGUUCCAGCCUGAACUGAGCGGUGCCGGAUCCAGACUGGCCGUAGUUAAGUUCACAAUGGCGGGGUGUCGACCAUGUGUCGGAAUAGCUCCAGCUUUCAACACGCUCAGCAACAAGUAUCCACAGGUUGUUUUCCUUGAAGUCGAUGUCCAUGUUUGUCAGGGUACAGCAGCAGCCAACAACAUCUCUGCCACGCCGACAUUCCUGUUUUUCCGAAACAAAGUACGAGUGGAUCAGUAUCAGGGAGCCAACGCAGCAGGUCUUGAGGACAAAAUCAAACAGCACGUGGAGAAUGAUCCAGGAAGCAACGAGGACUCUGACAUUCCUAAAGGAUAUAUGGAUCUUAUGCCGUUUGUGCAUAAAGCCGGGUGCGAGUGUCUUAACGAGAGCGAUGACUGCGGUUUCAACAACUGUUUAAUCAAGGACUCAUCCUACCUGGAGUCAGACUGCGACGAACAGCUGCUCAUCACAAUUGCCUUCUCUCAGCCUGUAAAGCUUUUCUCUAUGAAGCUUCUGUCUUCAGAUUUGGCUCAGGCACCAAAGUGUGUAAAGAUCUUCAUUAACCUGCCUCACUCUAUGGACUUCGACGACGCCGAGAGGAGCGAAGCAACACAAACCCUGGAGCUUUCAGAGGAAGACUGCAAAGACGACGGCCUCGUCUCGCUCAGAUACGUCAAAUUUCAGAACGUCAACAGUGUCACUCUCUUCAUCAAGUCAAACCAAGGCGACGAGGAAACGACGAAGGUGAACUACCUGACGUUUAUAGGAACCCCAGUGCAGGCCACCAACAUGAACGACUUCAAACGGGUUGUAGGAAAGAAGGGGGAGAGCCACUGAGUCAAAAAUAACUGGACGAUCCCACACAAAUACACACACAAGUGCGCUGGAACUGUUCCAUAGCUCUCAUCGGAGAGAGUGAAAAAUAAUGGUAACGAAAGAGGGAUAAAUAACAAUCUGUACAUUUUUAUCUACUUAUACAUCCAAAACGAACCUGUAAAUAAAGUGAAUCCUUUUUCAAAGGCA